AUGCUGGCGGCCUGGCUCCGGUCUCCAGCCUCCGCUUUUGACCACAGUGUAUCGAGCAAUAUCUUGUAUAAUAAAUAUAUGGGUUUCUCACUGAAAAAGGAGAGGGCAAACAGGCAGAAAAAGGCAAAGACAAGAGCGAGGGAGUGUUCUAUGGCCGGUGAUUCUGAGAAGUCAAGCAGAGGCAGAGACAUCCAAUGUCUUCUUGUGUCUUCGUGCUCCAACAACAAAAGACGAAAGACAGAAACCCCAUCAUCAUCUUCAUCCGAGCAGUCCAUUUUGUGUCUGAAUGAUCUCCGUUUCCCCUUGAUUGAAGAAAUUCUUGGAAGGGUACCCACCUCCAAAUCUGCCUUGUGUCUGCAAAAAUUGGCCCAUGAGUCAUUGGCAACAAUGAGCCCUUUUCUGGUCUUUGCAUCUGUUUCCCCUACAUUUCUAUGCCCUAAAUGGGAGAGUGACUGCUUGAGAACUAUGGCUGGUGAUGAUGAGAAGCAAGGCACUGUCGCAGACCAGUUAUCUCUUCUUGUUUCGUCCUGCUCCAACAAAAGAACAAAAACAGAAACACCAUCAUCUUCAUCUUCAUCAGAAGUGUCCAAUUUCUCUCUGAAUGAUCUCCAAGUCCUCUUGACGGAAGAAAUUCUUCAGAGGCUACCCGCCACCAAAUCUGCCUUUCUGUGCAAAUGUGUCUGCAAGAAUUGGUACUCUCUAAUUUCUACUCCUUAUUUUGUUCGUCGCUUUAUAACCCAACAUGUCAAACAUCAGUACGAGCAAAACCCUUCUGCACUUUUCAUCAAUUAUUGGAAUAGAUUGAAGGGUUAUAUACUAUUCCCAGUAUCUGACGAACCCAUGUUUAAACGUAGUGGAUUUGAUUUAAACUUUCUUCCUGAAAGAAAUGGGUCGGUUAGGGUUUCAGCCAUUUUCAAUGACUUGAUGUUAUGCCGUGUAGAUAAAAAAAGGGACACCCGUGCUGGAUUUGUUUGUGAACCUUAUUAUUUUGAAGAUAACCAAGGAGAUUGUACUAUCAAUAGCAAAUAUCGGUUUAGGGUAGUUCAUUUUGCGAGAAGUAAAUCUCAACAAAUUGUUUUGAGGACGUAUCGGCCAGAGACUCGGCAAUGGUAUAGAUCAGUUCUUGAAGGUCCGGAGUAUAGAUGGCAUUCUAAUGUUGUCGCCUACAAUGGAAAGUUGCUUUGGUACAAUGGCAGCCGGAUUUUUGCUUAUGAUCCCUUCAACCCUGAGCUUUCCACUUUUGUUGAUUGUUCAUUUUCCCUUGGUAUCUGUCCUUGCAUCGGCGUGUGUCAGGGCUUUCUGCGGUUAAUGCAAUUUACAGUUUCUGCUGGUCUCCAUAGAAAGGCUUUGGAUAUUUGGGAACUUGAAGAUUAUACUACUCAGAAAUGGAGCUUGAAGCACAAGAUUUAUCUGGAUGCAAUGAUAACUGAACGUCUAUUGAUUAAGCAAAUCAUAGAUGAUGAGAAAAUUGUGCAUGAUGGCAAUGACCUUUUGAAAACGCUGAGUUUCCUCCCAAACAAUAGGGAUGUUGUGUACUUUAGUUUCAAUGCUUUUCUUAUCUCGUAUAACUGUCAGACAAGAGUGGUGAAAGUGGUUGACUCUCUUCCAUUUAAAGGUGGCUUUUUUGGUAUUGAAAUGAAAUUCUGUAUUGAACUCCCAUUGUGGCCAACACCAAUUCCCAAAACUGAUUGA